AUGCGCUGUUCUGGUUCGCCAACAAAUAAAAGAGCAACUAAGAAACAACAACUUGAUACCCCAGACUCCUCUACACCUAUCAAUAACAACAAAACCGAAAAAGAUACACUGAAAGAAACUGAAAUGGAGGUCAACCCAGUUCCUUCAACUUCUAACGACAAAGGCAAACAACCUGAA